AUGACUACCAUACUUGAUGUAUCCGGUUCUCAUGGUGCUAACGGAAUAAAUGGAAGACAUGCAGCAAUCUAUAGUGGAAGGUCAAAAGAUGGUAACCACGGAAGUGAUGCCACGAAUCCGACUAAAGGAAUAGACGCUGGAGGCAAUGGUGCUAGAGGUAGUCCCGGAAUCGAUGCUACUAGAUACACUAGUGGGACAAAUGGAGGAAGAGGAGGUGAUGGUGGUGAUGCAGGUGCUGGAACUAGUGGUGCUGAUGGUGGAAGUGGUGGCACAAUCACCUUACGCGUGAAUGAUACAGAUGCUGGAUUACUAAUACUAUUUGUGACAUCAUGGACUCCAAGUAUUUAUUACAGUUUAAAUGUCAACGGAGGAAAAGGAGGUAGUGGAGGUCCAGGUGGUCGCGGUGGCAGUAGUUAUUCUUGGUCAGAAACCACUUAUUCCACUAACUAUAGAGGAGACCGAAUAGCCCAUACUAAUUACUAUACUAACCCAGGUAGUGAUGGUAUACGUCCAUCAAUUCCUCUUUAUAAUGGUACAUCAGGAGCUAAUGGAGUCAUGAGAUUCCUGAUUAAAGACAGUGUUACUGAAUACUAUGAGAUUUUUGAUAUACGUUUACAUAAAGUUAUUACACACUCAGUAACAGGAGUUUAUGAACCUGAAGCUCAUAUAAUUAUAGAUGAUUUGACA